AUGAAAAUCACUCUAGGAGAUGGCAGUUCCAACACCAUUCAACACACGUACAUGACAGAAUGUUCCAUAGACGACAAAUGGUUAAAAACAGAAUUGCAUUUUCUUCCAAAACAACCAUCAGAAGCGAUCAUAGGAACUCAAGAAAUAAUGAAAUGGGGACUGGAUUUAACCAGCAUUCUAAAUAAGUGCAAGACAGUAGAAGAACCGGCAUCCUUACCUGACCGCCUCACCGAUCAAAUACCAACCGCUUCUAACAUCGAAGAAAUUCCGACCUUUGCUCCAGAAUACCCAGAAAUUUCUUCGAUAGACAUUAAUUUAUCGCUAAGCCAAACCGAAAAACAAGAACUCCAAAACCUGUUACGAGUAGAACUUGAGAAGUUUAAGCAAAUCAAAGGAGUUACGCCACUUAUCAAACACAAAAUUAAACUAAAACACAAUACACCGGUUAAACAAAGACCUCAAACCCGCCUAUGUCAAUCCAUCCUUACCAUAAAAACCACAUUCCUUACCGUCUCAGCUAUCACAAUACCUUAG